AUGAUUUAUCCUCCCCCCCCCUCUCUCUCUAUCUAUCUAUCUAUGGAAGGGAAUUUAUUUUCCUAUGUCGAUAAUUUUCUCUCUUUUUCUUACUUUUGUGCAUUGAUUAAUAAUCGGAAUCUAUCUAUCUAUCUAUCUAUCUAUCUAUCUAUCUAUCUAUCUAUCUAUCUAUCUAUCUAUCUAUCUAUCUAUCUAUCUCACCCCCCUCUCUGUCUAUCUAUCUAUCCUUAUUUAUUCGUAUAUCUAUCUCUUUCAACAGGUAGUGUAAUUUUAUUCCUUCGUAGGAAUACGGAAACGAUUCUGCUGAUUUAUUUCUCACUUUUCUUUAUCUUUUAUUCUUCUUUCUUUAUCCUCUUACACUUUUACUCCGUUUUUUUUCCUUUUUUGUUCUUUUUUUUACUUUCCUUUCGUCCAUCCUUUCUUAAUUUCUUUCUCCUUUCAUCAUUUUCUUUCAUUAUCACUGCCAACCUUUUUCUUUCUUUUUUCUCCUAUGCAUUUCUUUCUUUCUUUCUUUCUUUCUUUCUUUAUUUAUUUAUUUUUUUAAUCAGUCUCUCUCUCUCUCUUUCUCUCUCUCUCUCCCUCUCUCUCUCUCUCUAUCUAUCUAUCUAUCUAUCUAUCUAUCUACUUCUGAUUGAUACCACUUCUACUUCUUUUCAUGAAACAUUGUUGACUUGGAAACGCCAAGAUUUUUUCCUUCAAUAUUAA